GGAUUGCGACCCUGCAGGCGGGUCUGAGCGAGUCCAAGGCGCUCUUCCAACUGUUUCAGAAGAUUUGGGUUGCCGAUGGCCCAGACCCUAGCUUGGCGGCGCGGAUGGUGAAAGCGCUGGUGCCCCUGCGCAAGAAGCUGAAAGAGGACGUCGCGCCCCAUCAUCCAGGUUCGGUCGAGACCACCAGGAGGCUCAUCAUAGCCCCAUGUGCUGUCGUGGAGCAAGUCGGACAGGACGAGUUCGAGAAGCAGUUCGUAGUCCUGGUCCUGGAGAGGACUGGCGAGCGGUACCGACUGGUGGUCAUCAACACGGGGACCGGCAGGCAGUUCCACAAGGCAAGCCUCACGUGCUACCCGAAGCUGAAGUUCCAGACUUGCAUGGUGCUCGACAACCUGGAGCCGGCAAAAGUCCAGUCCGACGCCUGGUGGUGCCUGCUGUACUCCACCGUGCCCUGGAAGCUGCCGAACAACGGGUCGCACCUGCUGUACGGCACCUUCCUGCCCUGGCUGCUGGGGGCGAGCCCGAAGCGGGGCGCCCCCCCCGUGCUGAGCCGCCCGCUGGAGGACGCGCUGCAGGAUGUCCAGGUCGGCCCAGAGGUGGACUGGAGGAGCGGCCAGGUUAGCAAAACGGACUUCUGGAAAGGCUUUACGCACUGCAUGAGGUACCUGCUGCGCUCCCAGAGCUCCGGAGUGACCACGAACGCCGCCCGGCUGGUGCAGUGGGAGAUGAAGAAGAUGCUGUUUUUGUGGGCUCAGGAGGACGUGGACGCGCUCCCCAGCGUGGGCCUCAGCGAUCGCAGGUGCCUGGCGCUGGCCUGCCAGCAGCUGGGCUACGGCGCCGCGAGGCACCACGCGCGGUGCCGCACCGGCGGCACGCGCGUGGAGCAGCACGUGGCGCUGCAGCAGAUGCACGAGGCCAGGCAGGUGGCGGAGAGCGCGCGGCAGAGGCUGCGGCAGAAGCGAGGGGAGCUCGGCCCCGACCAGCCGCCCGCCUGUGUCGCCAUGGCCGCGGCGAGCGAGCGGGGCAGCAGGGAGCGCGCGGACCAGGACGUGUGCGAGCUGGCCGGCUGCGCCAGACUCUGGCGCGGGACGCCCGCGCGCGGACAGAACCUGGGCCACCCCGUGCAGCUCCCCCUGAACCUCCUGAACCUCCCGGAGUCUGCCUGCUCGAUCAAGGCCGUGAUCCAGGCGCUCCACAUCUCCGAGGCGCUGGUGCUCAGCUUGUCGUCGCUGUCCGAGGCGGGCAUGUGCCGCUUCCGCUCCUUCCUCGUCGUCAGCGUCUUGGAGCAGACCUUUGCCGAGGUGGUGCCUGCUCCGCUGGGCCCCUGGACGCUGCAGAACACGCAGCUCAAGGAUCCCGUGUGGUCUCCGGAAGGCUUCGACCAUCCGCACCCCGGCCUGACGUCGCUGAUGGUCAGCGACAUGAUGCAGCUGCUGCUGCGCCUCACGCACCACUUCGUGGCGGCCGUGUACAGCAUCCAGGCCUCGCGGGGCUUCGACGCCACGGUCACGUGCGUCCUCGGGGCCAUCGCGGCGGUCGCCGAUAGGCUCAUGCGCCUGCGGACGGCCGACAGCGAUGCCUUCGCCUGCAGCGUGUCCGCCCUGCUGCGCGGCGACGUGACGGAGGGCCGCGGAUUCGGCAUCCUCCCGCAUGCGUUCGUGAAGCAGUCGGAGACGAUCGAGGUCUCGCAGCCUGUGGUUCACGUGAGCCGCUCCUCCACCGCCAACUAUCCCCGGGUUGUCCAACAUGCGGGGAUAGUCUCCUCGAGCCACAACGGCUCUCUGUUCGCAUGGGAGGAUAGUGGGUGGAGCAUGGAACUGCACCAGUGCCAGUCCACCCUGAGCUUCUAUGAAACAUUGGCGAAGUUGAGUCUGCAGCAAGGCAACCCGCACGAUUUCUUGACAGGACAGAAACCAUGGAUUCACUACGCGUUUCCGGGUUUGGCGGCUUAUCGCGACGUCGUUACAUGGUGGAAGUAUUCUUUGUGCACAGACCGGGAGGUAUUCCCGCCGCCGGGGUCGAAGUUCUCCCAACUGAACGCCGUCACAAAAUGGAACGUGAAAAAGACGAUGUCCCGCCCGCAGCCAUACUUUACAGUUGAAGCCCUCGGGAAGAGCCUCUUUGAGGUCAUGGAUGCUCCUCCACAGCCAUCCGCCUCAGGGCACCGGUGGCCUUCCAAUGCGCUCCCUUCGAUGUACACGCAGCCAGACAUGGCCAGGACCGAGGACGACCUGAUAUACAUGCGCGUAUUGCCAACCUUUGGUGGAGCGCUGCUGCCAUGCGACGUGGAGUUGCUGCUCAGCUACCUGACAGUACCAUACUUGCGGCAGCCUCUGGUGCUACGGUUCUUUAACCGCUCCGAUCGCAUACUGGCGCUUCGCAGUCCUGAGCUGCGGGAUAUUCUGCAGGCAACGCUGUUGGAGCCUGGCCGGCUACUGUUUCCCCAUCAGUUGAACUUGCACCCAAAUUUCGUGCCCGCAAAGACUGGAGAGGAGGCCGAGCUGCUGGCCACGCCGUCAGGUCAGCUUCUCCUCGAGCUGGGCUACGCGCCGAAGAUGUUGCUGCAGUCGUUGGAUCUCUGCUUGUCGCUGGCUCUCGAUGUGGCCACGUCCUCCACGUCGCAGACCGUUGACAUUCUGCUAUUCAUGGCGCGCCUCUCCAGCCGAGUCAUAGGUACUGUUAUCUUUCUCCUGGAGGUUGCUAAAGACAGUCACAGGGCCAAGCAGAGCAAUUGGAAGGAGAGGCUUGUCAUCCAGCCGGGCAACCAGUCUGUUUUAGAAGAGCAGUUGCAGCAGGCUCGUGUGAGAUUCGCCGAAAUCAUUCAGAAAUUCGACGAGUGGUUGGCAGAGCUGGACGAGAGUAGCAAGAACGAUCCAGAGCUCAUCGACAAGAACAUGCAGACGAUGUGCCAGAUCUACGCCCACAUCCUCUUGAUGAUGCGCUGCAUGGACUUCUCCUCGCAGAGCCGCUGUGCGGAGCAGGCGGUGCGGCGGAUACUGACGUCGUUCUUCUUCCUGGUGGCGCACCACACCUGGAACAUGAAGUACUUGGAUCCCCUGCCGGAGCCCGAGAUCUUCGAGAUCCUGCACACCCACCGGAAGGCCGUGGUGCAGUGGCUGGACGAGUGCCGGGACCACCUGCGCGGCGAGGUGUUCUCGGCGGUGCUGGACGGGGCAGUCCGCCAGUUCUUGCCCGGCGGCAACCGCGUCGGCUGGGAGCCCGUGGGGAACUGGGGCAUCAUCGUCGACGGCGACGACCCGAACAAGCCCACAGGGCGGUAUGCGUGUUCCCAGGGUGCGAGGGUGGUGGGCACCGAGGCAAGGAAGGUGCGCUUGGUUCAGCCAGCGGAGGCCACGAGGUCCUUCAUGGAGAUAAGCGUGCAGCUGAUGGAGAUCACGAUCCGCGGCACCUCUGUCCGGGCCGUCGAGGAGGGCAUUCUCAGCUCCAUGUGCAUGAGGAAGGUUUUCUUCAGUCGCCCGGGGAAGGCCCUCGCUGACGGAGGACAUCGCGGGAUCGUUUCGGAAGCCAGCGCGAUCGAUUGGGACACUUAUUGGCAGGAGGGAAAGCUGCCGACGAUGCAAGGUAGCACUGUCCUCAAGACGACUGUCGUCCAAACGAUCGAACUCAUAUCGUACCCCGCGACUGUAUGCGUUUGGACUGGUAUCGAGCCAAGCGCAGAUAAUUUUCUGCCUUGCACGGAGGACUUCGAUGAGUUGUACGACGCCGAUGAGCUACCAGUUGGUCUCGAGUGGAUCGGGUCACUCUUCGAGCCUGUCCGGCAGAUGUUCUUCGUUUGGCCCCCUCCCGAGACGUCGCCCUCGUUCUUCAUGCGUUGGCCCAUCGAUCCUCGUGCAGAAGUUGUCGAGCUCGUGGGCUGCCAUCCCAAGCUAGCUCGGGGGCGGGUCUGGAAGGAAGUGGUCGUCUUCCGCAGCCUCCAGGUGGUGCACGUCUACUCGAUCAUGAGCUACGGCCACCAUCACUACAGAGUCCUUGAGUACAGCAGCAACUGCAAGUUCUGUCUGGCAGAUAUGCAGCCCUCCCCACAGGAGCGGAAAACGCCCUGGCCCGCCUGGGAGCGCUAUGCAGCCGGAAAGCCGGAGAACGAGCUCAAGGCCCAUCCGGCCACCGUGACAAUCACUCGCCGCCAGUUGAGGGUUCCCGAGCAGUUCCGGGCAGAGGAGGCGAGGCCAGUCCCAGGCCUCAGCACGGAGAACGAGAAGGUUGAAGAUGAGGACGAGGAGGAGGAGGACGAGGACGAUGUUGACGUGCACGAGAAGAACGAGCUGGAGGUGAUCGAGCUCUGCAGGCCUUGCGAGGCGGACGAGAAGUGUGUGUGGGUAGAUCAGGGCGGGAACAAGCGCCUGGCGACGGUCGUCUCCGUGAGAGGGUCGGAGUCGGUGGAGAUACGGGUGGAUGGACCAGCCGGUGGAGACCCAGAUGAGUGA